GGAACGAGUUGUAGAGAGCAUCGCGGGCCUGGCUCUCUCCCGCUCGCCGCCGCUGCCGUGCGCUUGGCCUAAGUCUUGUGAGAGACAAAAACAGACAGAAAAAAAACAUUAGAAUCCAAAUCAAUAAGAACUCUAUCAUAUGAAAUCUUGUGGCAUUGAAAACCCUAUUGAAACCCUUAUAUAAACCCUAUCGAAACCCUCUAUAUAAACCCUAUUGGAACCCUUAUAUAAACCCCAUUCGAGAGGUGAUUCCAAUGCCCUAAGAAACAGAGAUAGAAGCAUUAGAACCAUAGUAAAGAAUAACGUGAAAUCUAUAUUGAAAACCCUAUUGAAACCCUUGUGAAACCCUAUGUAAACCCCUGUGAAGCCCUAUUGAACCCCCUAUACAAAGGAUUCCAGUGCCCUAAAAAACAGAGAUAAAAGAAUUAGAACCAAAGUGAAAUCUACAUUGAAAACCCUAUUGAAACCCUUGUGAAACCAUUGAUAAACCCUUGUGAAACUCUAUGUAAAUCCUUUUGAGACCCUAUGUAAACCCUUUUGAUGAUUCCAGUGCCCUAAGAAACACCAAUGCAGCCUUUGAUCUGAAAAAGCUUGUAAAAUCAAGAUACAUAAAUUUGAUAUACGGGAAAGUUGAGAAGCCGAGUGGUUAAGUUAAGUUUUAUGUUAAGUUCAUCCAAGUCAAGUUACAAGGUCGAAAGUUAUACAUAAGAAAGCUUAUAGCCUGCUUGUUCCUACGUCCCUUGAAAGAAAAAAAAAGAUACGUGUGAAAAAAAAGGGAGAAAGAAAGUGAGAGAAAAAGAGAAAGUGAGUGAGUGAGAAAAAAAAGAGAAAAAAUAUAUAUACAGUCGGAUGCUGCAAGGACGGACUCAGCAUCCAGCUUCUCUCUCAUCUCCUGGAGCUUGUGAGGUCUCAGAGUGAUGCAGGUUCCACCCCGGUGAUGAAUAUUUCGACGGGGACCAGACCGCAGCAGUCCCCAGUUCACCCCCCCGUGGCGCCCCCCCUGACGCCCCUGCAAGCUGGGGGGGAGCACACCUGCGUAGUACCACCCCUGCACCACCACCACCACCAGCACCACCACUCCCAACACCAGAGGAAGCAUGGAGUACGACCCGAGGUUAAAAGGACAAGAUCGACCCCUCUGCCGCCAACGCAUUUGCUACGGCACUAUACUCCCCUGGGGAUUGACGCCCCCGGGGAGGUUCUUGAUGUAAGGCUGCUACCGCGGGGGUGCCACAGGGGGGAAGAGGACCUGGAUGACCCCCUCUCACCCCACUCAGCCCCCCCAGUGACCUCAGCUCCCCGUGGUGACCCUGGACCGCCAGUGCUUGGAGAUGACAUGUCAGGAAGGCCGUGUAGGUGUGGCCAGUGUGUGACCUCGGCUAAUCCGCAGGAAAAGUGGUUUGAGGGGGACACAAGAGGAGGAGGAGGAGGAGGAGGAGGUCAGCAUAGGUCAGCAUGUCACGUGACCUCAUUUGACCUGACCCAAAGGCGCCUACUACAAGCGGCUGACCCACCAGACCAUGAGGGCGGCGAGAACGGCUUCCUCUCCCCGGGCAGUCUUCGGAACUCCCUCGCUGACGACGUAUCCUCUGAGAUCCUUCGCCUGGACCACGGGGACUCCGAGGACAGACCCAAGAAGAGCACCCUAGCGAGGAUCCUUUCAACGAUACAGGUGCUGAGGUCGUGGGCGUCAGGCAAUCAGCCCCAGGAGCCAGAGAGACCCGACAGCUUUCUGGAGAAGAUGGCCAUGGCGGGACAGAUGCGAGAAGCCGAUGACACCACGCACAUGUUCUGCUGCGGCGUGCUGCCCGGGUACUUCGCCAUCGACACCACCAAGCCGGCGCACUACAAGUGGCUGUUCGUGAUGACCGCCGCGCUGCUCUACAACUGGGUCAUGAUCAUCGGCCGGGCGGUGUUCUGGGAGCUGCACAACCUCAGCCCCCUGCUGUGGCUGUCCCUAGACUACAUAUGUGACGGCGUCUACCUCGUGGACAUGAUCAUCAGGGCUCACGAAGGCUACCUGGAGCAGGGCCUGAUGGUGACGGAGCCCACCAAGCUGAGGAGGAACUACGUUAAGUCGUGGACCUUCAAGCAGGACGUGGCCUCCAUCCUGCCCACCGACCUGAUCUACAUCCUGCUGGGCACGGGGGGCGAGCAGCACGUGCCCGGACCCGUGCUGGUCAGGGUCAACAGGCUGCUCAGGUUUCCGCGCAUGGGAGAAUUUUUCAACAAGACUGAAACGCGUACGAACUUCCCCAACGCGUUCAGAAUCUGCAAGGUCGUUCUCUACAUCCUGGUCAUCAUACACUGGAACGCCUGCUUCUACUUCGCCAUCUCCUACGCUAUCGGCUUUGGCACGGACGAAUGGGUGCAUAAGAAUAUCACCUUAGAGGAAUACAGUACCUUCUCACAUCAGUAUAUCUAUAGCUUCUACUGGUCCACGCUCACCCUGACAACCAUUGGGGAGACGCCGCAACCCGAGAAGGACGUGGAGUACCUCUUUGUGGUUGUGGACUUUCUGGUUGGGGUGCUAAUCUUCGCAACCAUUGUGGGCAACGUUGGCUCCAUGAUAACCAAUAUGAAUGCUGCAAGGGCCGACUUCCAGAAUCGCAUGGACGGCGUGAAGCAGUACAUGGAGUUCCGCAAGGUGUCCAAAGACCUGGAGACUCGGGUCAUUAAGUGGUUUGAUUACCUGUGGAGCAACAAGCAAUCUCUGGAUGAGGAAGGGGUCCUCAAGUCCCUCCCAGACAAGUUGAAGGCGGAGAUUGCAAUCCACGUUCACUUGGACACGUUAAAACAAGUCAGGAUAUUCCAGGACUGUGAGCCGGGACUUUUGGUGGAGCUGGUGCUGAAGCUUAAGCUGCAGGUGUUCAGCCCGGGUGACUUCGUGUGCCGUAAGGGUGACGUAGGCAAGGAGAUGUAUAUUGUGAAGCGUGGGAAGCUCUCUGUAGUGGCGGAUGACGGCAAGACAGUCUAUGCCACCCUCGGAGCUGGGAGCGUCUUUGGGGAGGUCUCAAUCCUCAACAUUGCUGGAAACAAAACAGGCAAUAGACGAACAGCAAAUGUCAGGUCAGUGGGCUAUUCUGACCUCUUCUGCCUCUCCAAGGAUGACCUCUGGGAUGCCCUGACAGAGUAUCCUGAAGCCAAGAAGUCCCUGAUGGAGAGAGGACGUCAGCUGCUCAUGAAGGACGGAUUGCUGGACGAGGAGGGUCUGAAGGCGGCCCAAGAACAGCAGGAGACAUUGGUGGACAAGGCAAAGAGAUUAGACACGGCAGUGGACACGCUGAACACCCGGUUAGCGCGCCUGCUUGCCGAGUACUCCAGCACGCAGCAGAAGAUCAAGCAGCGACUCACCAGGAUAGAAAGGCGACUCGAAUUUGAUCCCGACGUGACCGUUCCGACGUCGCCGAGACUGAGCCCAUACUGUACCCUGUCCCCAAGAGGUAGCAUAUGCCCCUCGCCCCUUCCACUCGGGGCCGCACCCUUCGCACGCCGCACCGAUCAGCACCCCAAUGGUACGGCACAGCCUGGGGUAUGCGACGGGACCUCUGCCGCACCCCACACCCAGCACCGCACCCCUAGUCAGCCCCAGGGGGAGGGCUACCGCACAUCCCUGCACCCUCCCACCCGGCAAAGCGCAUCCCUGCCGUUCGCCGCGCCCCCCCAAGCCUCACCUGUGCCUCAGAUCCCACUCCGCAGGGACACGAUUUAAUGCCCGGAUUUUACCUAUAGGGUCGGCACCUCAGCAGACACUUGGGAAUUUAUUUAUUUAUUUGAUCUAUUUUGUGUGUGUGUGUGUGUGUGUGUGUGUGUGUGUGUGUGUGUGUGUGUGUGUUGUUAGCUGGACAAGUGUCGAUAUGAGGCCCUGCAAACUACACACACACACACACACACACACACACACACACACACACACACACACACACACAGCCUAUAUGCACCCAAAGAAGUAUGCAAUUUCUUAUUUCAUACAUUUAUCACUGUUGUUAUUUUUGUUAUUAUUAUCAUUAUUAUUAUUAUCAUUAUUAUUUAUCUUUCAGAAAGGCGACUGAAAACUAAGAUUGGGAAGAGACUGUCAAUGGUGGUAUAUCGCUGCUCUCACCUCCAUUUUCACCUCCAUCAUCACCCCCUUCAUCACCACUCAGCACCAUCACCACCAGCAGAAGUAGUAGUAUCAGUAGUAGUAGUAGUAGUAGUAGCAGUAGAAGACAGCAUUGGCCUUAACUAAAUUACCCCCCAAAAAAAUCCUUUAUCCAGCGAGGCUCCUGCGAACACAGUUAUCUCUCUAUAUUUCCACCAUUGCCUAGUGCCACCGAGCCUCAGAAACACAUAUCGUCACCUUCGUAAACAAGCAGCGCCUGAGUCAUGUUAUUUUCUGCUUUACAGGAAAUGAGAAAAGAACUGUCAUCAUCUCAUUUGGCUUACAAAAUUUGGUCAGUGUUUUUGAUUGUGUCUGUAAAAGGAGAAAGCUGAAAGUAAAUGUCAACAAAAGUAAAGUGAUGGUUUGUGAGCGAAGUAGAAGUGAGGUUUUAGAUUUUGUAUGCCCAUAUAGAGUGGGAAUUGAAUGUGAAAAAGAAUGCAAAAUAAUUUUGAAUGGUGAAGAAAUGGAGGAGGUCAAUGAG